AUGCUGAUUGUAUGGGUGAAAUUGUUAAAUGCACUUCUCCAGGAAAAUAUUCGGUGGUCGAACCUCGGGGAAGAUUACAAGCACAAUCUACGGGUGAUCCGGCAUGUGGAUGCACAUCGGCGAACGAGUCUUGGUAUCGAUACGUUUCGCAUCGAAAUUCAUCCAGCACAUAACGAAAGGGUUGACUUAUUCUCUGUCUGCUUUUCUCCGUUUAAUUGUCCAUAA